AUGUCUACUACUGUGCCAGUCACUACAGACACUCUACCUACCAAUGUGCCCAAACUCGAUAUCAAGGGCACAAACUGGGUGAUAUUCUCCUUGCGCUUCCAAAUUGCCGUUGAAGCCAAGGAGCUGUGGAAACAGUUCGACGGGACCAACCCCAAACCUGUUGGCCCAUCCACGACGUCCGGAGGAGUAACCACCACAUCUCCCCCAGACCCUGUCACACUUGCUCAGUGGCAGAAGAGUGAAAAUCUUGCAAAACAUCUGCUUACCCAGCGCAUCCCUGACUCCACCAUGUUAUGUGUAUGGAAUCUACCCGACGUUGUCGCUAUGUGGAAGGAGAUCGUGCGCGAGUACACCGAAAAA